UGGUGGUGGUUUUGUAUUUGUUGUAUUCGAAAAUUAAUCAAUAAAUUAAUGUUUUAAUGAAUUAAAUUACAGUGAAAAAUAAAAAUGGAAUAUAAUUUAGGUUUCAUUGGAGGAGGUAACAUGUCUACCAUUAUUUUUAAGGGUAUUUUGAGGAACGAUACUCAUCCAGCGUCACAGACAUGGGUAUCAGGGCCUCAUCCAGAAAACCUGGAACAUUGGAAAAAAAUGGGUGCAAACGUCACCUGUAGCAAUGGGGAGGUGUUUGAAAAAUGUGAUAUAGUUUUUCUAGGUGUAAAACCAGCUAUGCUUCAUGAAGCUCUUAAAGAUGUUGGUGAUAGCUUAUCUCGUAGAUUUGUAGACAAUCCAGAUCUGCUAGUAAUUUCUAUGCUAGCUGGAGUUAAUUUGGAUAGUCUUCAGAAGGCAUUCUCAGCUCUAAAUCUACAAAAAGAUGUCAAGAAUUUCAUAAAGAUUGUCCGCAUUAUGCCUAAUGUUCCUAUGGCAGUGGGCUCAGGAAUCAGUUUAUACUCUUACAACCAUCUUGGGGGAAAACAAAAGAGUGAAAUGGUCAGGCUGUUGCAAUGUUGUGGUAGCUGUGAAGAAAUACCAGAGUAUUUGAUGGACUCCUUAGGGUCACUGACUGGCUGUGGUCCAGCCUAUAUUUUCGUAAUCAUUGAAGCAUUAGCCGAUGGUGCGGUCAAACAGGGUGUCCCCCGAGCGAUGGCUCUCCGCAACGCCGCACAGAUGGUGAUGGGAAGCGCUGCUUUGGUGCUCGAAUCCAACAAGCACCCAGCUCAACUGAAAGACGAAGUGUGCUCUCCUGGUGGAUCUACUAUAUGCGGCGUCAGUGUAUUGGAGGAGGGUAGAUUGAGGUCAACACUGAUAAACGCAUUGGAAGCAUCCACUAAUAGGACCAAAAAACUGGAUCCUAAUGCAGCUAAUUCAAAAUAGUUUAGAAUUCAAGCUAAUGGUAAUAAUAACAUAUAAUCCAUAUCUGUAGGUAAUUG